GGCAACCUCACUUCCGGCAGCAUAGAGCGGAGGGGCUGCCGGGGGAGGGGGGUGUGUGUGUGUGUGCCUGUAGUUGGGAGAGCGUGAGGCGGCCGCAGCUCUCCAGCCAAGGAGGAAGAGAGGGGAAGCAGCACGCUUGCGCGGAUUUCUCCCCGGGGCGGAGGCGCCUCGCCUUUUCCCUUGCUCGCUUUCCCGCCCACCCCCCCGCCCCGCUCUCUCCCCAAUUUCUGGCUCGGCAUUGCAAGAGCGAGGCGGGUGCAAAGUCCGGCGCGUGUCCCCUGCCUGGGCGCGCGCGCGCACACCUCUUCUCUCUCUCUCUCGGAAGCGGGAGCGGGGAGGGGUUUCUUCCCUUCCUCUCCGCGCCCUGCCCCCCCCCCCGCCCGCCAGCCACUCCGUGUCUCUCAGCCGGCGGGGGCGGCAGCAGCAGCAGCAGCAGAGCCGCGGCUUCGCUCGCGCAGACCUGGGCGCCCGGAAUGUGAGGCGCGGCGGACCCGGGGGUGACGCUUCCCUGUCAGCCGCGCUUCCCACCCAGCGGCGGCCCCGGACUCGUCCCCACUGCGGCUCCGGGCACCGACGGACUUGACUGGCUGGCAGCCGGCGGCGCAAGGCUGCCUGGUCCCCCUCAGGGAAGAAGGGGCGGCUCCUCCUUGGGCGGCGGCGGCGGCCACCGCGCUCGCUCCUCCGCUCCUCCUCCGGCCGCUUCCUCGCCUCCUUCCUCCCGAGGGGGAAGACGCUCCCCGUCCGCCAUGAAGAAGUUCUCUCGGAUGCCCAAGUCUGACGGUACCGGCGGGAGCAGCAGCAGCGUCGGAGGAGGAGGAGGCGGCGUCGGCGGCGCGACGGCGGCGGGCGCAGGGUCGGUCGCUGGAGGCGGCCCGGCGGUGGGCAGCAGCCGGGUGUUUGCGGUCGGACGUUUCCAGGUUACUGUGGAGGAGCUGCUGGCGGAAGGUGGCUUUUCCACAGUGCUCCUUGUGCGCACACAUGGUGGAGUUCGAUGUGCAUUGAAACGAAUGUAUGUUAAUAAUGUGCCUGACCUAAAUAUCUGCAAGAGAGAAAUAACAAUAAUGAAAGAAUUGUCUGGGCACAAGAACAUUGUAGGGUAUUUGGAUUGUGCUGUUAAUUCUGUAAGUGAUAAUGUGUGGGAGGUGCUCAUCUUAAUGGAAUACUGUCGUGCGGGGCAAGUAGUGAAUCAGAUGAAUCAGAGAUUGCAGACAGGCUUUACUGAGCCAGAAGUGUUAAGAAUAUUUUGUGAUGCCUGUGAAUCUGUGGCUAGGUUGCAUCAGUGCAAAACACCCAUUGUUCACCGAGAUUUAAAGGUUGAGAACCUUUUGUUAAGUGACAGUGGGAACUAUGUCCUUUGUGACUUUGGCAGUGCCACUAAUAAAUUCCUUAAUCCUCAGAAAGAUGGAGUUAAUGUAGUUGAAGACGAAAUUAAAAAGUAUACUACAUUAUCAUAUAGAGCUCCUGAAAUGAUCAAUCUUUAUGGAGGGAAACCAAUUACAACCAAGGCAGAUAUCUGGGCCCUUGGCUGUUUGCUGUAUAAGCUUUGUUUCUUCACACUUCCCUUUGGUGAGAGUCAAGUUGCCAUUUGUGAUGGAAGCUUUACCAUUCCAGAUAAUUCCCGCUACUCCCAUGGUACACACUGUUUGAUAAGAUACAUGCUUGAACCAGACCAAGAACGGAGGCCUGAUAUCUUUCAAGUAUCCUACUUUGCCUUUAGACUUGCCAAAAAGGACUGUCCGAUAUCAAACAUUAAUAAUUCUCCUCUCCCUUCAACUCUUCCUGAACCCUUGACAGCUAGUGAGGCUGCUGCUAAGAAAAGCCAAAUAAAAGCUAGAAUAACAGAUGCCAUUGGACCAACAGAAACCUCAAUAGCACCACGACAAAGACCAAAGGCCAAUACAAGCACUACCACUUCUAGUGUACUAACAAUUCAGAGCUCAGCAACACCAGUCAAAGUGCCAGUCCUUGGUGAUUUUAACAAUGGACAAAAAGGAGCCUCAAAACCUGGAAAUAGUCAAGACAGUGUGUUGUCCCACGGAUCUAAUCAGACUCCACAGCAAAAUAGAGUAUUGCAACAACUACAACAAGGUGACUGGAGACUACAGCAGUUGCAUCAUUUGCAGCAGCAGCAGCAAGAGUUGCUUCAGGAUGCAUAUAUGCAGCAGUAUCAACAAGCAAUGCAGCAGCAUAUGAUACAACAGCAGCUUUUAAUGCAGUCUGUGUACCAGCAGCAACCUCCCCCAUCCCCAUAUCCUGCCAUGAUGCAGCAGUACCAACAAGCCCUUCUGCAGCAACAAGUCCUUGUGAAGCCGCCGCCAAAACAUUCUCCUGAAUUUCUUGCCUCACCUCAGGAGUUUUCACCAGCCUUAAUUUCUCAUUCUAAAUCAUUUCCAGCUCAUGUUGGUGCAGCUCUGGACACACCUUAUACUGCAAAUAGGUCAUCUGCUGCUGAUGCAGAAUCUAUUUCUAGCUAUCCAAAACAGAACAUCAGUAACCCUCCUGAUAUGUCUGGCUGGAACCCUUUUGGAGAAGACAAUUUCUCUAAGCUAACAGAGGAGGAGCUGUUGGACAGGGAGUUUGACCUUCUGAGAUCAAACAGGCUCGUGGAGAGGAGCACAUCCUCAGAUAAGAAUGUGGAGCCACAUUCUGCUCCACAGAACCAUCCUCCAGAAGACCCCUUUGGUUCUGUACCUUUCAUUUCUCACCCAGGUUCUCCAGGGAAUGAAAUUGAUAACACAGCCAGCAAAUUAGAAGAAAAGAUAGGGAGUCCAGCUAAAAAUGAGAAGCUGAGUCAGGAUGUCGAGCACCACAAAAUUAGAAAGAAGGUGACAGAAGGGCACACAAAAAAUGGAAUUGAAUCAGAGAGUGACUUUGAAUCGGAUCCUCCUUCUCCAAAGAGCAGUGAGGAAGAAGAGGAGCAAGAGGAUGAAGAAGUCUUGCAGGGUGAGCAUGGAGAUUUCAUUGAUGACAAUGAUACUGAACCGGAGAACUUCGGCCAUCGACCCCUUCUCAUGGAUUCUGAGGAAGAAGCAGAAGAUUAUGAUAAGCAAAGCUCGGAUUCUGAUUCUAGUCAUGCUAGGCCUGUGGAAGAGCUGCCUUGCAGCAGAUACAGAGAAGACAGUGACAGUACUGCAGGAAGGGAGUCUAAUGUAAUGUUGUCGGAUUUGUCCGGUACAGUGACCAAGAAAAGCCCCAAACAAGAAUUUGAUGUCUUUGGUGCUGUUCCAUUUUUUGUUCUUCAGCCUCAAGAGCCGAAGCAGAAGGAUAGCCAAGAUUCCUCUCCCCAGGCUGCUUUUUCAGGCCUCAAGCAAGAUCAGGAUGACUUUGAUGUCUUCACCAAAGCCCCAUUCAGCAGAAAAAUAUCUCAGCAAGAUGAUUUGAUUUCAGGUUCUGAAAGCCAGCCGUCUCCUCUCUCUCCCAAAAGCGUAGAUAUAUUUGGCUGCAGCCCAUUCCAGCCUCUCUCCACCUCAAAUAACAGUGAGAGCAAUGAGGACCUGUUUGGGCUUAUCCCAUUUGAGGAGAUAGCAGGGAGCCAACAGCAGCAAAAAGUGAAGCAGCAACGAAAUCUACAGAAACUCUCUUCUCGACAGAGGCGCAUGAAACAGGAAGUAUCAAAGAGCAAUGGGAAACGCCAUCAUGGCACUCCAACUAGCACCAAGAAGGCUCUGAAACCCAGUUACCGCACACCAGAGAGAGCCCGCAGGCACAAAAAAGCUGGUCGUCGGGAUUCCCAGAGCAGCAAUGAGUUUCUGACCAUCUCUGACUCCAAGGAAAACAUUAGUAUUACCCUAUCUGAUGGCAAGGACAGAGUCAACGCUCUACAAGCAGAUGAUAGCCUUCUGGAUCCCUUUGGAGCCAAACCUUUCCAUCCAACAGAAUUGCGUCUCCCGCAACAUCAGGGGUUGGGUGACAAUCGUGGGGAUCACAACACAGUAGUGUCUGGUAGACCUAGGCAGAAUUCGCUACUUGGAGGCAUUCAUUCUGCCGAUGGGGUGAAAUUAACAGAUGACUUUGGGGCGGUUCCUUUCACAGAACUUGUUGUGCAGAGUGUGACAACUCAACAAAGUCAGCAGCAACAGGCAGUAGAGUUGGAUCCAUUUGGGGCUGCUCCAUUUCCUUCCAAACAGUAGAUUCUUCCAGGAGUUUAUUUGCAUUAUUUAACUUAGCUUUCACAUGCCUUAAUAAUCCAUCUGGUUGAACUGAGUAGAAACUGAUAUCUUUUGGUACAACCUGUUCAUUCUCAAUGGUAUCCUAAGAUUUUCAAAUGUGAUGUUAAACAUGCAAUAUUGAAAAGGCUAAGGAGGUGAAAGCAACUCAAUGAGAGCAAAUUUCCAAACAAAAGAUCACCGAAGCUAUUUGCAGUUACUGCCUAUGACUGUAUCACACACAAUCAUUAUAUCCUUUUUCAGAAAGGUUAAACACUUCAAUAAGAAGGCAGCUACAGGAAAGGUCUGCCUUAAAUUGUAUCAUAACUGGCCUGAUGAGAUAAGAUUGGCCCUUCUGUUCUUAAAGCUUCAACCCAAAUGGAGAGUGUGCCUAAACAUACAAGAAGCCAGGUUGAUUUGGAAUUACUGCAGUUUUCUUGUUCUGAGGUUUUUCUUCUAAAACCUCUCUGGACUUCAUUAUGCUGGCUUAACAAACUCUCUUUGGUUACUACACAUGUGCAAAGAAACCCAAACCUUUGUACUGUGUGCGAGAGCUUGGCUUGUUCCCAAUAAGUGCCAUUAAAGUUAAACAGGGUCAAAGAAGACUAGAGUUAAAGCUCUUCCGAUAUCAAUAAUUUAGUGGGAUACAAUAAUAGAGUAGGUUGGGGACAGAGGAGGAAGUAUGCAGCUGGAUUUUGCAGCACUUUGAAGACCAGAAUCUGGUUUACUUGCAUGCAGGGUUGAUGAGACAGGAAAAACAAAAGCUAGAAAAUUGGUAGCAAGCAGAAACCUGCAAAGAACUAUUAUAAAGUAGGAGUUUCAUCCAAUGUAUGGUUCAGUUUACUGGGGGUUUGUAUUCCAGAUAAAUUGUGUAUACAUUUAGAAAGUUUUUUAAACCCUUCUCUAAGAUUGCUGUUACCUAAUGUCUCUUGAAUGCAUUCUGUCACUCAAUACUGUACUUCUGUAAGAAUCUGUGCAAAAUGCACCGAGCGCUAAAGAAACUAACUUGAAUUUAGGCAGCUUCCAGCAAAGGAGUUGUGAAACUGUAGGCUUUUAAAAAUUCACGUUUCUUUUGAGUCUGCUACCAGUAAUCUGCAUAGUAAACCACCAAUGCCUUACAGCAAGGACCACCAUGUCCUACUAUACAUUUACCUCUAAGCCAAUUGGUGCCCUUGAGACACUGUUUUAAAACUUGCAGGACGUUGAUGCACCUUUGGGCCUCCUGCUUCUGCUAGGUGUUUGUAAUAUUCUUGAUUGUCCAUAUUCCAUUCUGGAUCAGCUGUGGUCAUUUCAGAUAACAGCCUCAUGUGCUGCAAGAACUUUGACUGAAUUUCCCAUGGUUUGCAUUUUCAAUCAGUGUGUUUGUUUUGGAUUUUUAAUCAGCAUAAGGUUUUCAUGUUGUUAGGUUAAAGUCUGGGCCAGUUUGACUUUGUGUUGAAAUGGCUGAAUGCGAAAACACCUUACCAUGCAGCUGUGUCUAAACUAUACUGUAGGGUAUGGUCAGAAUCCAGAGAACUGUGCAAUGCUGUUCUAGUGUCUUUUGGCAUGAGUAUUCUGUUGCUGAAGCAGCAGCAGCUCCAUGAAUGAUGGCAAACCAUUUCUGAAACGGAAAUAUUUCCAAAGUAGUUGGCAAUAGGUCAUGGAGCCAGCCAUCCUGCUGGGCACACGUGAAUGUGGCUUAACUCUCUGCAGCCUGGCUGUAGAAUCAUUCAUAUCUGUGCGAGUCAGAGCUGAAGCACCUGAGUGUGUUUAUAUACAGGGUUCGUGAAUUGGGCCCUGGGUAUAUAUGAAUAUUGCUGACUUGACUUGAAUAUGAACUUGCUGGAGAUAAGAAUUCUCAUUUUUAACUAGGGGGAGGUAAAGUACCUGGAUGAAUGAAUUUCCUAAAAAGAUGUCCUGCUGCCCUCCAGCCACUGUGGGAAAGAAGAAUGCAUUUUAAAUAUAUAGCCUGUGACUGGUUAAAAAAAUGAAUUUUGGUAGAGGUAAGGGAAGCCAAGACCCUUUUAAAAUGCAUAUGGAAGUACUUGUUAGAAAAGGUUGCAACUUCCAGAGACAUGACCUGAUGCUCUCUGGGUAUGUAUUUCUAGUCCUUCUCUUACUUUGUCACAUUAAGCACAAAUCCCAGAUUGGUUGCAUGUGAGGCUAAGUAUUUAGGUAAAGCACACAUGGUUAAAAAUGGCGUGCUGUGCAUGUCCUUCAGAAUGCCUGUUUUCUUCUUGUACCCAAACCUCUUGGAACUAAAUACAGAUUUUGCUGUAAAAGUUGGUGCAGUUCUAGAGUAACAGAUAACUCUCUAUCCAAGGGCUUGUUUAACCUUGACAUUUCCUUCAAACGAAAUGAUUAGUUGUGACUGUGGCAUAUGAAUAUGUAAGGUGAUAGACAGAGAACAUGCAAAGUGCAUGUAUUUGUCCUUUCUUCUUCCUAUAUGGUGAGACUUUCCUUAUAGGAAACCAUUUAUGCUUGAAGUGGACAUAGAGGAACUGAGCUCCAGAAUCAAUACAAAACUGACUGCAGCUGCUUGGCCCCGAUGUAAGAGCCCUCUUUCGAAAGGUGCAAGUGUUUUCAGAGGAUAAAAUCGGCACAGUAGCUCCACUCUAUAGAAAGCUAAUCAAGUUAACUAGUCCCAUUUAGGUUAAUGGGAUUUAAAUAAAUUGCAGCAAACUUAAUUGAACAUUCUCUGGUUUUGUCUGGAUAUCUCUAGCUUAUGGUUUAAACUGGCAUCUGGAUGAUCUAGUGUCCAACUUCUAGAUUCAAAGCUGUUUCAGAAAAUCAUUGGGAAAGUCCCAAAUGUGCUAUGAAAAAGUUGAUAUUAGAACAACCAGGUCAUUGCAUUAUUUGUGUACAGUAACCUAAAAAAUACUGUCAGCAUUUUCCAGAUUAUUGUAUUACAUACUCAGAUGUUGUUGAUCCAGAAUUCCAUUUUGUGUGAAAAUGGGAAAUGCCUUUAUCCAAGAGGGAUGUAAAUUUUGAUCUACAGUAGUUCAAAGGGACGAGGUAAGGCAAAAGUAGCACACGUUUCUCAUUAAUCAUGGGUUUCCCAGUUCCUCUGAAAAUUGUUGGGUUAGAAAAUGUGUGGUUUUCUUAUCACCUGUGAUCCUGAGGCAUGUGUGUCCCCUCUCCCCGUCAGGAUAAUCCCUGGGAUAUUGGCAUUGUUCAAUCUGUGCAGUUUGUGGAGUACUGGAAAUUAGAUGUGUGUGGAGUUCUGCAAGAUUGGGAUCUAGACACACAUUCUGGAGAAUAACAUCGAAGGCCAAAGUAACAAGCAAAAGUGGACAUUCACAUUAUUGCCAACAAUCUUUGCUUUCUCAUGACUUCUCUUUUGGACAAGACUCUAUUUUCAUAGGUUUCUGUAAUAAGAAUGUAUGUUGAUAUUCUUUGUGGCUGCUGCCAUGGGGUAUACUGCUGUACCCCACAAGAUUGACUUGCGCCUGUUUUACUGUCGCCAGCAGAGGCAGUGGGACUGAACUAAAUUUGAACUUCUCUUCAGUUCUGGACUUUAGUAGAAAAAGACGAUCAGUAGGUUUGGGGAGAUACCUUUGCUUGUAUUGUGUGUUAUGUGUAUAUUUGAAAUCAAGUCUGCCAUGGUCUUACCUGAAAUAAGAUUGUGAGAUGUUGAUUCAUACCAAUGGCUGCCAACUGGUCUUUUCUUCCAGCAUUUCUCCCAUUUAAUGGUUUAAUCUUUACCACUAGCAUAUAGCAGACAGCUGAGUGCACCUUCCACAUCAGCUGUUCAUCUUGCGGCUGAGUCGCUCAUUACUUCUGACAUGAUAGUCAACCUAAAGUGCUUUUAUUGUAUUGAUUAACAUGACAGAUACCGAACUUCAAAUGUGCUCCCUCAUGCUGAAAUUUUCAGUGGUUUUUCUCAACUUGGUAAAUAUCAGCUCUCAUUGACUGGUGUGAUGAGAAAAAGUAUGCAAAAAAGCCCCAUUGAAAUGAAAAUGGCAAGUUGGGCAUUUCUGUAGAACUACUUGAAGUAAUUUUCUUGUCAGCUCUUGUUUUUUCACACUUAAAUAUCACCUCAGGGUGACUUUAGUGUGUCAUCCAACUUCAUGUGGUUUGGCCCUUGGAAGGUACAGUUGUUGAGCUCAGUGGCAAAAUGCUGACCCCACCUCUUUGCCUCCAAACAGAAAUAUCAAUCUGGGGAUGCUUAGUCCCCUAUUAUACUUAGUUUGUGUAGAAGGAGGUCCCAUAUUAGAGCUUGAUCCUGCACCUUUUAAAUGCAAUGGCAGAGCCCAAUAACUUAUAGGGACAGGAUUAGUGCUCACGGGGUUGUGGGGGAAGCUGUCCAGAACAGCUUUUCUACUUUUCUCCCAAGAACAAGAAAAAUCUACUGUGAGAAUAAACUGAUAUAGCUACUACUGUGAGAUUAGCAACUAGAGUUUAUCUGAAGAGGUUGUUUUUAUAUAUUAUAGGGUGUAUUUUUAUAUAGAGAUAUAUAUAAAACAUACACACGCACACAUCACAUAUCUCUUUGAGUUUGUGAUCUAAAACAUAACAUUGCAAUCACAAUCACAAUCAUUUUCAUGGCAUUGGAAAAGUAAGUAUGGCCAAAAGCUGCUAAAAAAGUAACAGGGAAAUGCAAAGCAGUGGCUGCCCAGUGAUUAUUUUAAAGCGCUUCUUUGAAAAGAUAGUAAUAGUUUCUAUAGCCAAGGUUGGUUUCUGUGACUAGAGCAUCACGCAAGAGUAAACAGCGUUAUGCUAUAUUUUAAUUGCUGGCAAACAGCUUUAAGUGCACUUUCUCAAAUUACACUUCCAUUUCUUGUUUAGACUUGAAAUUUCUAAAGCUUGUAUGUGUACCACUAAAACAGAACUUUAACUUCUCUGUGAAAUUGAUGUACAUCAGAAAAUAACUUGCAAUUGUUACUAAGUAAAUAAAAAUAAAUAAACCAGA